GAAGGUGCGACCGUCCGCGGCCGGGGCGCCUGGGCGCCGGGGGAGAGGUCAGGCUGGCGGGGCGCCGGCGUGCGACGGCGGGACAUGGCGGCGGGCGGCAGGCUGGAGGACGGGUCCUUGGAUGUCCUUCAAAGUCUGGAUGAUGACCCCCUUCUGGACACCCAGCCUCUCGCACACCACUCCUUACGUGCUCACUUUAGACCCAGAUUCCAUCCUCUUCCCACGGUCAUCAUCGCGAAUCUUCUGUUGUUUAUACAUGUUGUGUUUGUCAUUUUAGCAUUUUUAACAGGGGUGCUGUGUUCAUUCCCUGAUCCCAAUGAAGACAAGUGCCCAGAAAAUUACACCAACCCACUGAAAGUUCAGACAGUCAUAAUCCUUGGAAAAGUCAUCCUGUGGAUUCUGCAUUUGCUUCUUGAACGCUACAUCCAGUAUCACCACAGCAAAGUCAGAAGUCGCGGCUAUUCCCAGAUCUACAGGUCUACGAGGCAUCUCAAAAACCUGGCCCUCGUGAUCCACUCUUCUGGCAACACAGCCCUCCUGCUGCUCCUGUGCCUGCAGCAUUCCUUCCCUGAGCCCAGCAGCCUCUACCUGGAGCUGAUUCUGGCUGUCCUGGCCCUGGAGCUGAUCUGCUCCCUGAGCUGUCUGCUGCUCUAUGCAGUGAAAAUUAGCAGAUUCAAUAGAGCCAAACCACAGCCUGAUGUCCUUGAAGAAGAAAGAAUGUAUGCUCACCCCAGCAAUAUAGCCUCAGAGACUGGCUUCAGGACUAUUUCAAGCCUAGAAGAAAUUGUUGAAAAGCAGGGAGACAUAAUCAUAUAUCUGAAGAGACACAACGCCCUGCUCAGUAAGCGGUUGUUGGACCUCGCCUCUCAGCCAGCUAUGACCUGAGAGACUCCUGGGUAUGACAGCUAUCAAAUCCUCAGUAAUUCCAGACUGCCCCAAGUUACCGUCACAGUGUGUGAUGGGAACAUGAGCCCUGGGUGGUUACAAAUAUCUGGAAAACUUGAGAAUAUUUUGUAUGGUUUGAAAUAAUUUAACUUCUUGACUCUUCCGGAAUCUAAGCUGUAGUUUAAGAACUCUGGAAUAAUGUAGCUCUUUGUAAAGCAAUUGUGCCAUGACAGUCUGCUGUAAACAGUGUUUCAAACCAGUCUGUUCUUGCCACAGUCAGCUGCUGAGAGAAGACAUAGUUCCUGGUGCUCCCUGUUUUCUUCUAGAGUCUUACGGGCAUUUUGUAUGAGUGAGGGCAGAUCAGGUGAGGGAAAGGUCAGAUUUGUUGUUGUUUGCUGUUUGUUCUCCAGAGCUGGGGGCGAAACCAAUGCCUCACACAGAAUUAGCAAACACUCUGCCUCUGAGUCAGUUUUACCAGGAUUUCCUUCUGCUGCUCAUGGUGACUCACACCUGUAGUCCCAGUCCUGGAAAAGCUGAAAAGCUGAGGCAGGAGGAUCACCACCAGCUCAAUCCCACAGAAUGAGACCUCGCUCCAAAAGCACUGAGCACUUUCCUCAGUAUAAGACCGAUCUCACCAGGACAUAUGCGGUACCCGUUCUGCAGUGUGUUGUUGAGAAAUACAGUGUGAAGGAUCCUGGGGCAGUGGGAGACCCAGUGGAGAGGGGGUGACACCUGGUAUGUGGGGAGACCUCGGACUGGCAAGAGAUUUAGGAAAUAAUGUCAUUUAGUGUAGUAAUAAGAGCGGCGGGGCUGCGUCCCCAGCACCCCGGCCGCCUGCUAGCCUAUGCCCC